AUGAAGAUGAUCCAAACAGAAAACCUUGGAGUCCUUGGCUUCUAUCCACUAACGUCACUUCACAGAAGUCCGAGGAGCGAUGCUGAUACUGUAGUGACGGGUCCCUCAAGCGAAUUCCCCUACCCCGCCAUGUCUCCCCCCAAGCCUACGUUCGAGUUCGGCUUCCGGGUCGCCGUGCGGCUCGCGCCGGAUGUGGCGGAGACCGUUGUCGAGGGCGGGAAGACGGUCGAGCUGGCGAGGGUGGUCUGCGGCUCCUGGUCUGGGCCGCUGGGCUCGGGUGUCGUCUUGGAUGUGGAGUCGGCCGGACAUGACCUGGAUAAGACGAGGCUCAAGACCCGGCCUAUCCAUCAGAUCAACACCGCGUUCAAGUUGCAGACCGGCGACGAGGAACCGGCCAUGCUCGAGAUGGGGACGAGGGGGUUCCUGAGCGGGACGACUGACGUGCUACGCCAAACCGCCUGCCGAACGGAAGACGAGGCGAGGGUCGACCCGAGGCGAUACUGCUACCGCAUGGCCAUCAGCUUGACGACGACGGACAUGCGAUAUGUCAAGAAGGUGGGAGGAGCGUUGUGGGUCGGGACCGGGAUGUGGGACCUGAAUGAGCUUGUCAUUGAGUAA